ACUCCGGUACGCGCCACAGGUUUUAUUUUAAAAAUCAUAAAGUUCAAGUGAAGCUGGAUUGAAUAUCAGAUCCGCUUAUUUUUCAUAUUAGGCUUUGAUAUUUGCUCACCAUGUUUUUUGGGUAACAUACUUUUACCUCAAAAGUUUUUACCUCAGAAAGUUUUUAUCCGUCUACUUGAUUUGGACAGUUUGACCGUUGACUGGAUAACGGUUUUUUUUUUCAAAUCAUAAAGCGCGCGAUGCCUGAAGCUCUGGCUCACGAGGAAGAUAAAGUGGCAGUGACGUUUCCGUCCGCGCGCCGCUCGCCGGAUGAAAAGAUGAGCGGCGCGUGCUACACCAACCACACAUUUGAAUACGAUGAUGGGAGCACGCGCACCGCGCGCCUGAGUCCAAGAUGUGGGGGCAGAGGGGUGGUCUUAAAUGUGCAGGACCUCGAGAUGGCCGCUGGAGCAUCUGUUGUUCCAUCCCUUCAAACCUACUUCCGGUUCCGAGACCUGUUGCUAGGAGACCAGACAUUUCAUGAUGACAGGGUCCAUGUGGAGUUUUAUGUGGAUGAGAACACGUUUAAAGAGAGACUCAAACUUUUCUUCAUCAAAAACCAAAGAUCCAGUUUAAGGAUCCGAAUAUUUAACUUCUGCCUGAAGCUUUUGACAUGUGUUCUUUACAUAAUUCGAGUCAUGACGGACAAUCCAGCCCAGCUCCGCCACACAUGCGUCAACUGCAACAGCACCACGCAGACCAACGAGAUCAACUGGGAGCUGAUAUUCUGGGUAGACAGAAAAGUACCAGUUUGGGCCAUUCAGGUUAUUGUAGCAUCCAUCAGUUUCAUGGAGGCCAUGUUGCUAAUGUACCUCAGCUACAAGGGUAAUAUAUGGGAGCAGGUAUUUCAGGUGUCUUUCCUCUUGGAGAUGUUAAAUACGGUCCCUUUCAUCAUAACGAUCUUCUGGCCUCCCCUCAGAAACCUGUUUAUCCCAGUGUUUCUCAACUGCUGGCUGGCCAAGUGUGCUCUGGAGAGCAUGAUAAAUGAUCUGCACCGGGCCAUUCAGCGAACACACUCGGCCAUGUUCAACCAGGUCCUCAUUCUUAUCUGCACUCUCUUAUGUCUUGUAUUCACUGGCACAUGUGGUAUCCAGCAUUUAGAGCGUGCUGGUAAGAAGAGUCUGUCUCUCUUCAACGCUUUGUAUUUUUGCAUCGUGACCUUCUCUACGGUGGGCUUCGGAGAUGUGACGCCGCAGAUCUGGCCGUCUCAGCUGCUGGUGGUGGUGAUGAUUUGUGUGGCCCUGGUGGUGCUGCCUCUACAGUUUGAGGAGUUGAUCUAUCUGUGGAUGGAAAGGCAGAAAUCUGGAGGAAACUACAGCAGACAUCGAGCUCAAACAGAGAGACAUGUGGUCUUAUGUGUCAGUACUCUCAAAAUCGACCUGCUCAUGGACUUUCUCAAUGAAUUCUACGCUCAUCCUCACACACAAGAUUAUUACGUGGUCAUCUUGUGUCCAUGUGAGGUGGACGUCCAGGUGAGGAGGAUUUUGCAGAUUCCUCUCUGGUCACAGAGGGUCAUCUACCUUCAAGGCUCCGCUCUCAAAAACCAGGAUUUACUGAGAGCCAAGAUGGACGAUGCAGAAGCUUGUUUCAUUCUCAGCAGCAGGAAUGAAGCUGAUCGCAUGGCAGCAGAUCACCAGACCAUUCUGAGGGCCUGGGCUGUGAAAGACUUCGCUCCGAACUGCCCUCUUUACGUCCAGAUUCUCAAACCUGAAAACAAGUUCCAUGUUAAAUUUGCAGAUCACGUAGUGUGUGAAGAAGAGUUUAAAUAUGCCAUGUUGGCUCUGAACUGUCUGUGUCCAGCCACCUCUACGCUGAUCACUUUACUAGUCCACACAUCUCGAGGACAAGAGGGCCAGCAGUCUCCAGAGCAGUGGCAGAGGAUGUACGGCCGUUGUUCGGGUAAUGAGGUGUAUCAUAUCCGUCUGGGUGACAGUAUGUUCUUCAGAGAGUACAACAGCAAAAGCUUCACCUACGCGGCCUUUCACGCCCACAAGAAGUAUGGCGUGUGUCUGAUCGGCGUGAAGAGAGAAGACAACAAAAGCAUCUUGUUGAACCCUGGACCACGCCACAUCAUGUCUACCAGCGACACCUGUUACUACAUCAACAUCACGAAGGAGGAAAACUCCGCCUUCAUCUUCAGACAGGAAGAAGACCAGGGAAAGGGGCGGGGCCACUGUGACAUUUUAAACAGCCCAUCUGGCCUACCUGUUCAUAGCAUCAUUGCUAGCAUGGGAACGGUUGCCAUGGAUUUUCAGAACACAAGUCCCACUGAGAGCAGCGUCAAACUGGCUCCGCCCCUGGAGAAUGAACAAGGAAGCCGCCGCCCAAGCAUAGCGCCCGUUCUGGAGCUCGCUGACUCCGCCUCCUUACUGCCAUGUGAUCUGCUCAGCGACCAAUCAGAGGAUGAGGCCGGACAGUCAGAAGAAGAUGUAACAGCUAUUGAAUUUGUGAAAGGAUACCCCCCAAACUCUCCAUACAUUGGGAGCUCCCCGACCCUUUGCCAUCUCCUGCCCCAGAAGGCCCAUUUCUGCUGUUUACGGCUUGACCAGAGCUGUGAGCAUGUUUCCUUUGAGGACGCAAAAGCAUAUGGCUUCAAAAACAAGCUGAUCAUUGUUUCUGCUGAGACGGCUGGAAACGGUCUUUACAACUUCAUAGUGCCUUUAAGAGCCUAUUACAGACCCAGACGAGAACUCAACCCUAUAGUCCUGCUGUUAGACAACCUACCUGAUGACCACUUCCUUGAGGCCAUAUCCUGCUUCCCAAUGGUGUAUUAUAUGGGUGGCACCAUUGACAAUUUGGACAGCCUAUUGCAGUGUGGUGUUCUGUAUGCUGACAAUCUAGUGGUGGUGGAUAAAGAAAGCACUAUGAGCGCAGAGGAAGAUUAUAUGGCUGAUGCUAAAACCAUCGUCAACGUGCAGACCAUGUUCAGGUUGUUUCCAAGUCUCAGUAUAAUCACAGAACUGACUCACCCGUCAAACAUGAGAUUCAUGCAGUUCAGAGCGAAGGACUGUUACUCCCUCGCUCUGUCCAAACUCGAGAAGAAGGAACGUGACAAAGGCUCGAAUCUUGCCUUCAUGUUUCGACUUCCGUUUGCUGCUGGUCGAGUCUUCAGCAUCAGCAUGCUGGACACACUCCUGUACCAGUGUUUUGUGAAGGACUACAUGAUCCCAAUAGCCAGAUUGCUGCUGGGAUUGGACACCACGCCUGGAUCAGGGUUCCUGUGCGCUAUGCACGUAUGUGAAGCUGAUCUCUGGAUCCGCACGUACGGGAGACUCUUCCAGAAGUUCUGCUCGUCUAGUUCAGAGAUUCCCAUCGGAAUAUACCGCACAGAAUCACACGCAUCACCUGAGUUUCAAGGUUCCGUCAGCAUCGAGGGGUUAAACGACACCAGGGAGAAGGGGGAGGAGUCAAAGAUCCUCACCCGGAGCUCCUCCAGCAGUGACCAAUCAGAGCACCCGCUCCUGAGAAAGAAGAGCAUGUACUGGACGAGGCGUCUCAGUAGGCGGAGCGUGAAGAGGAGCGACUCCUCCCUCAGCUCCAUCCAGCAGCGUCUGGGCGUGUUACGCCGCUCGGAAAGGGAGGAGCUUACGGAACUGGUCAGGAACCGCAUGCAGCACUUGGGCCUGCACACGGCUGGAUACAAGGAUGCCACAAAUCUAACAGCCAGUGAUGUAAUGAACCGAGUUAAUUUGGGGUAUUUGCAAGAUGAGUUGAAUGACCAGCAGAACUCCAUCUCAUAUGUGCUGAUAAACCCCGCCCCCGACACGCUGCUGCAGCUCAAUGAUGUUGUGUUCCUGAUCCGUCCGGAUCCACUGGCUCACGUACCUGAAGCGCCACCUGUACAAAACCGCUGGUGCCGGUCCACGACUGACACACCAGAACUCAACAAGAUUUAACCGGUCAGAACUACAUCCUAAGCUAAAAGCCAUGAUAUAACUGGACUAUAAAGAGCUGUCGGCACUUUAAACGUUUCACUCAUAUAAGCUCUUGCUCUUAGAUUCAUCAGUGAUAUUAUGGUCUGAACACUGCAUAUAAUACGAUGAGCCUUGUGAAAUAUUGUGCAGUGAAGUCAAAGUUCAUGUUCCAUCAAAGAAGAGCAUUAUUUAUCCAGAUUGUCCUGUUGUAGGUCAGACACUAGAGGGCAAUAAUGUCAGAAUAAAAACAGUCAUGCAGUCAACUUUGUUAUUGGAUUAUCAGGAUUUUGCUGUUGUAAUGCAGGCAUGCAUUUCUAUUUUGGUUUUCAUGUUUGUUUAUCGCCUUACAGUGUUUUGCAUUAAGGAGGAUCACAAAAAGACUUAUUAAUUCUGUACAGCGGCCACAAAAAUUAUUUAAAAAUGUCUGAAUGUCAUUGCAUUAGGCAAAAAUAUCAAACUAAGUAGCAUUUAUUUUUAUGAAAGAUGCACCAGUUGAUUCAAAGACAGGAGUACAUAAAGGAGUAGUUCACCUAAAAAUUUUAAUUUGUUGAACAUUUACUCAUUUUGAAACCAUACAAGAUAUGUGACCACAAAACCAGUCAUAAGGGUCAAUUUUUCGAAAUUGAUAUUUAUAUAUGAUCUGAAAGCUUAAUCAAUAAGCUUUCCAUUGAUGGUUUGUUAGGAUCGGACAAUAUUUGGCCGAGAUACAACUAUUUGAAAAUCUGGAAUCUGAGGGUGCCAAAAAUCUAAAUAUUGAGAAAAACGCCUUUAAAGUUGUCCAAAUGAAGUUCUUAGCAAUGCUUAUUACUAAUCAAAAAUUCAGUUUUGAUAUAUUUACAGUAGGAAAUUUACAAAAUAUCUUCAUGGAACAUGAAAUUUACUUAAUGUCCUAAUGAUUUUUGGCAUAAAAGAAAAAUCAAUAAUUUUGACCCAUACAAUGUAUUUUUGGCUAUUGCUACAAAUAUACCCCAGCGACUUAAAGACUGGUUUUGUGCUCCAGGGUCACAUAUAGAUGAGUUUGUUUCUUCAUCAGAUUUAGAGACAUGUAGCAUUGCAUCACUUGCUC